UGAAUGAGGUUAUGGUGGAUUCGGUGACACCAAACACGAUAGCUCUCAGCUGGACAAAUUUGCCAGACAACAUAAAUUAUGAGAUAACCUACACUGCACCAGAUGGAACACAACGAAUGGUUUCGUCUGGCACCAGCCCCAACAUCAUCCUUACUGGACUUACUCCUGACACUCAGUAUGACAUCUCAGUACGUUCAACAUCUAACCAAGGACAGCAAUCAGCCGUUGGUACCACUACCGCUACUACAGUUCCAACACAAGUUUCAAUAACUGAAACAACUCCAAAUUCAAUCAGCGCAGGUUGGACAGAGAUAACAAAUGCCUUGACAUACCGCAUAGACUUUGUCAGUGCUGAUGGCCUCCACACUGGAUCUAUCAAUUCACCUGUACCGCCGGCAGUUAUUGAUAGUCUGCAACCAGGUACAACGUACACAAUAACUGUUCUUGGUACUACAGUGGACGGACAGACCAUCCCAAUUGGUUCAGCUUCUGCUACAACAGGUAUUGGCACAUCAGUUAAUUUGGGCCCAGUUACAUCAAGCACAAUUGCCCUGGACUGGACCCCUAUCCCCAAUACCAAUACUUAUCAGGUAAUUUACACUGGACCAGAUGGGCAAGCGCUGCAAGAUUUUCCGACCACCCCUGACACCAUCCUUACUGGACUAAAUCCUGUAUCUCAGUAUGACAUCACAGUGAGGGCUAUUACUAACAGUGGACAACUGGUAGAUGUUGGCACUACAACUGCCACUACAGGUAUUGACACUUCAGUUACUGUGGGUGCUGUUACACCAAACACCGUAGACAUAAGCUGGACACCUGUCCCUGGUACCAAUAUCUAUCAGAUAAUAUACACUGGACCAGACGGGCAACAGCAACUGGGGCAGGUUCUUCAUCCCACCACUGAUUUCACCCUUACUGGACUUACUCCUGCAUCUCAAUAUGAUAUCACUGUAAGGGCAUUUAACACUGAUACUGGACAACAGACAGAUAUUGACACUGCUACUGCAACUACAGAUACACUGCUUAAUCUUGUCACCAGUGCUCAAAACAUCCAAACGACAAGCUUCGACAUCAUGUGGGAAGACAGACCCGAAUUCACCUAUACUAGCUACAUUGCAGCAGUCAGUGAAGUAGGGGGUACUUUUUCAGUACAACUUCCAGCCACUGCGAAUCGUGAUGGUAGAAAUAUAGUGGUUACUGCUAUGGGCCUUACACCCGGCACAGAAUACGAUGUUAACAUCCAAGGUGUGACCAGUACUGGAGUGCGUGAGGAUCAAGGCAAUUUAGAUGUUUUCACAAGACCAAAUCCACCUAUCAAUGGUCGCUUCACCGAGAUUACUGGAAUGACAGUACUACUUGAGUGGAAUCCACCCGCUGAUGGGAGAAUAGAUGGGUAUAUAGUGAUACAUGGUGCAGAAACCCAGGAUCCAACUACUUUGGCACAGGCUAUUAUCCCAGUUGGUCAGACGGCGUACGCCAUCUCAGGACUCAAUCCUAUCAUACCCUCUACCAUAGGACUGGUAUCAUAUCGGAAUUCAACUGAUACAUUUAGUGAUUUUGCCGAGCUACUUCAGCAACAAAAUUCUAACUUUGAAAUAAAUAGAGGUGAUAACCAAUGCGCAAGUAGACCAUGUAGGAAUGAUGGACAGUGUUUUGGUGUAUCAGGAGGCAGAUUCAGAUGUGAAUGCAUCAAUGGUUUCAGUGGUACUACCUGUGAAGUAAACACGGAUGAAUGUAGCAGCUUUCCUUGUCUAAAUGGAGGAACCUGUACUGAUCUUCAAAAUGGUUAUAUAUGUCGCUGCCUUGCAGGAAUAACUGGCACAAACUGUGAGAUAAGACCCCAGCCAUGUGCAAACAAUCCUUGUUUAAAUGGUGCGACCUGUGUGGAAGUAUUUACAACCUUUACAUGCUCUUGUCUUGCUGGCUUUACUGGCACGUUGUGUGAAACAAAUAUCAAUGACUGUGCACCAGUCAACCCCUGUCUCAAUGGUGGCACCUGUGUAGAUGCAGUCAACAGUUUCAUGUGUAUAUGCCAAACUGGUUUCUCGGGCAUUGACUGUGAAAUAGAUAUAGAUGAAUGCAAUCCUGAUCCAUGUCAGAACGGUGUGUGUUUUACAAUUGGACCGGGAUCCCCAUUCACAUGCAAUUGUAAUCAAGGCUUCACUGGGCAGAAUUGUGAGACUGAAAUUAAUGAAUGUCAUUCGAUGCCCUGUCUAAAUGGCGGUACCUGUGUAGAUGCUCUUUCUAGCUAUGUGUGCAGAUGUGUACUUGGUUUCACCGGAGUAAACUGCGAAUCUCAAACUAAUGAGUGUUCCAGUCAACCUUGUCUCAAUGGAGGAACUUGCGUGGAUGGUGUAAACUCGUACGAGUGUAGAUGUCCAAUGGCCUUUGGUGGGAUAAACUGUGAAACAGGUCAGAGCCAGACUUAUAUAUCAUAAUAUAUUGAGUCGCGGUAAGCAUUCUUGUUGAGCCAUGUUUGAAGCCACCAGCAAAACUAGUUUAUGCCUGUGAAACUGAACUUUUCUUUCAGAAAAUUAUUCUUCCCUGGUUUAAUACAGACAUACAUGCCAUACAAAGUGCAAUUUGGGUGUUUGUAACGAUUCCAUUUUACUGCCACUUUUUGAUGAUAUGAUGAAUACAUGACUUGCUCUGUGUGAGUACAAAAAAGUAUGGAGUCAAAAUAAGUAUUUUUUUUUCAGAAUUGAAACUGACCAAACCUAUCCCAGGUUUUUAGGCAUACUUUAAUACAGAUUUGGUUCUCAUAUUUAACAUAUGGUCCACUGUGCCCCUUGAACUGAAUUGUGAAAUAUUCAAGUGGAAAACCUUAUUCAUUUCCUGGUUUUUCUAUAAAAUGGCAUUAAACAUCAGAGAAACAUAAUUCAUUUGGAAUCUGUUGUGCCCCUUUAGCCACGGAAACUGUUUGCCCCAAGUAAAUCAUCGGUUUAAACUAAGAUAUGGCAGGUUCUGUGGUAUAAUAUAUUAGCAAAUUGCUUCUGUAUUUAUUUAUUGGUAUCAUUAUGAUGAUCAUUAGACUAUUCAAAAUAUCAUAAAUUCAAUAAUCUAAUAGCGUUAUUGUAUUAACACCUAUUUAGAGAUUUAUCAGUAUUUCCCUUGUAAUAUCCAUCGUCAUAUGUCUCGCUAUCAUCACUUAUUCCACGAUUGGAUCACUAAUGCAAAUAUCAAUGAAUGCUUAUCGGGACCAUGCAUGAAUGAUGCCACUUGCUUUGAUCAGUUGGGGUUCUUCCAAUGUCAGUGUCUUACAGGGUACGAGGGACCAACAUGCGCUACGGGUAAGUCAGUCUCACAAGCCUUCAUAUGUAUGUGGUUGAAAGGUGUUCAAAUCCUGGGAAAAAGGCCAAAAGUCCAUUCCCCCCCC